UAGGCUUUGGCCGGGCCAUGUCAUGAUGCAAGUGAUGCAAGUCGAGGCUCCGCUUCUGUUGAGAUUUUGACAGGGCCGCGCGUUUGGACAGGGCUGGAUUUGCAUUUCAUCAUAUCGUUGCAUUCAGUAGUUUUUUGUAAGCAUGGGGUGUUGACGGAGGCUAUAAGAGUAGCUCGUGUUGGUUCUUGCCGGCUGAAAGUUUCGCGGUUUUCUCUCUCGCAGGAAAGUUGAUCGCGACUAUUUUUAUUGGAUAUACUAAAUUUCUAUCGGCUCUAUAAGACAAGGAAACAUCACCUGGAACAUCCAAUCGAAGCCAAUUUACUCGGCACAAUGCGCAUUUUCUCCGCCUUGAACGGCCUGCUCCUGGCAGGAGCCGCCGCGGCUCAGAGCUGCUCUCUUCAGUCAAACGAAUCUCAAGCCGUUAACUAUGGCUACGCGCUCUCUUACUUCCUCGACCGCUUCUAUUCGUCGGUUCCGGUCAAUCAGACUUUCUUGAGCAGCUCCCAGAAUGGCUCCAACUCGCAGUACUUCACCAACUUCCAGGGUAUCCAGAGACAGAAUCGCCUGGGCGUGCGUGCUGUGCAACAACUUGGCUCGAAGCUGUCUGGCUGGACCCCUCAGAAUUGCAGCUUCACCUUCCCAAGUGCCAGUGACGCCGAUUCCUUCGUGCAGAACGCGCUCCAUUUGGAGUCAACUGUUGCUGGAGCGUACAUUGCCCUGGCUGGUUACACCCAGGCCCCCGAGGCUUCGUUCUUGUGGGCUCGCUUGGCUGCUGAGCACACUGCUCACGCCUACUAUAUCGCGAGUCAGAACCAGACCGUCCUCUUCCCGACGAACAGCUCUUCGCUGGUGCCUGCAUACAGCCCGGGUUACGUUCUUUCCAACGGUACUGGUCCCGGCCAGCUUGGCUCAUACUUCCAAGGCUGCGUCACUGCUCCUCCAGUCCCGUGCGGCCAGACCUUGUUCAUCGGACCUCUUACUGCCACACUCGGUGCGAACGUCUCCGCAAGCGCAGCUGCUUCAAGCUCGGCAUCGCUGUCUGCAUCCGCCACUCCUUCGCCCAGCUUUGCGAGGAGGUUUUUCUAGAUUCGGUGCUGUAUUCAAUAGUGGCGCUUGGCACCAUCAAUGAAGUCUAGGCUUGUGUGGUAUCUCGGGACAAUCACUGCACUACUCGGUACAACAUCGAGGAGGAGAGGUAAUAAUUUGGAGAUGGCGUCUGUUAAUAAUGCCUUAAUGCCCAAUCCUGGAUUAAUGUAAUUUGACAAUUUAUGAACUUGACGUGUAAUGUAUGAUCGCCUGAGUAGUAUAUUGCCACUAUAUUGCACUUGUAUAAAAUUGUCCAUAUACCAUGUCUAAUCGU